UCUCAAUUUUUUAGACUGGUCACACAAGACAAAAUGAAGAUGAAGCUUCUCAAUACGGUUUGAUUUUAGCACAACAAUUAUUGAUAGAUAUCAAAACUCUAAAAAUCCACAACAAAAGGUACUCUCAAUUGAUCAAAUGCACUAUAUGUUCUUGGUGAAAUUUGAAUCAAUUUAGGGAAAGGAAGAAUGGGAGAAACCAUUCAACAACGCUGGAAACAUGAACGGCCCAAGUGAGUAAAGACAAGGCAUUAGCCGGCUCGCUUAGCUCCACCGCCGCAGUAGCACUAGUCUCUGGUCCCGCCGCGACGAACGCAGCCGCGACCAAACCGGUUCCGAUAAGACCCGACAGCGAAAUUGGGUCACUGAUUAAGCUACGGCUCCGGAUCCGACUUUCGAGAGGAGAGUAUGAAUGGCUCCGGGACGGAAUUCGCCGGAAAUCGGGUUUCGCGCAGCAGAAGAUAACACUGGUUGAAGCAAUCGCCAUGGCUGAGAAUGGGCAAUCCGGUUUACAGUUUUAUUCGGUUCAGCGACAAGGAAACGUAAAUCUGCAAAUUUGAGAGAGAAGCACCCAGGAAAAAUUCCUGUGAUUUUGGAAAGGAAUGAACAUAGUCAUGUUCAUGAAAUGAACAAGACGAAGCUCCUUAUUCCACUAGCUAUUACCCUUGGCCAAGUUGAAAGCAACUUUCGUAGAGAAACCGAUCUUGGAGCCGAGAAAGCCAUCUUUUUCUUUCUCAAGAACACACUGAUUCCAACUACUGCAUUGAUGUCUGCAAUCUAUGAAGAGCACAAAGAUGAAGAUGGGUUCCUCUACAUGACUUACAGCGGAGAGGAUUUGCUGUUUACAACGAAAGUUGCUCUUGGUAUUGCAGAAUGUACAUUGCAUGAACACGAUUCCGGAGAUAUAAUUAUCGAAUCUCUCCCUCAGACGUGGGCACCGUAUCUUUCAACUCUGGAGAAGCUUGUUUCAGUAUCUGAAUCACAUGAGGAUCUCAAGGAACGUUUUGAGGGAGUUCUAAAAACCAGGACAGAUGCAUUCUGCACCCUCGUUACAUGUUUUGCCACAAAAGACGAUCUUGGUUGGGUCUUGAAGCUCAAGGAGUUUACAAAUUUUGACGUCAAGCACCACCUCAUUAAGAUGCUGUUUCCUCUCGGCUUAGGAGAAGUUGAUGAGAUCGAGAUCAAUGUUCAUCGCAAAGACCUCCUGGAAGAAUCAGUGAGGCAGAUAAUGGAUGCUAGCCUUUCUCUUUUCCAUGGUGGCAUAUCAGUACAGUUUAAAGAUGAAGAAUCUCAAGGAUAUGGUGUUUUACGGGAGUGGCUCUUUUUGGUUUGCAACCAAGUGUUUGAUUCUGACAAAAAGCUCUUCCUGACUUCAACUGAUGACAUCAGACGGUUCUCUCCCAACCCACAAUCCACUGUAGAAGACAAGGAGUUAUUUAGGUUUGCAGGGCGCAUCCUAUCUCUAGCCUUGAAGCACGAAAUUGUAGUAGGUGUUCUCUUGGAUCCUCUGUUUUUCAAACAGUUAUCUGGCAAAACAAUUUCUUGGCAAGAUCUUAUUCUAACUGACAAGAAGCUGCACAAGAGUUUCAGAGAUAUGCUAGAUAUGGAUGCUGAUACAUUCAAAUCUUUAGAUUGUUUUGGUCUGAAUUUUGAUCAGUUGUGCUCCAAUGCCCAAAAUAUAGCUGUGACAAGUGAGAACAGAGACAGUUACAUAGAUAUGUGGAUGGAGUAUCAUUAUGUAACACAGCUCAAGGAUCAAAUUUAUAGUUUUUCAUGUGGAUUUGAAGAUAUGCUUUCUACAGAGGCCACAACCUCUCUGUUUCUGAGUUUUCUGACUCUAGAGGACCUUGAUUCAAUGAUGCAUGGGUCAGAAGAAGAGUCAAUAUGUGUAGAUGAGUGGAAAAAGUAUACAGAUUAUGAAAACUUUGAGGGAACAGAUGAAGUAAUCUGUUGGUUCUGGAAGAUUGUGAAUGGAAUGAGCCAGCAAGAGCGCCAUGACUUGUUGUGGUUCUGGACAGCGACCAGGUUCUUACCGAGGGAUGGCUUCAAAGGCCUCCCACGUCUUACCAUCUCCAAAUCGUUUGGAAGAAGUCUGGAUUACCCGUCAGCUCAGACCUGCCUUUACAGCCUACAUCUUCCUGUAUAUGAGGAUUACGAAGCCAUGAAAACUAAGGUGAUGUAUGUCACAAGCGAGCAUGUGCGGUAUGGUUUUGGGGAAGACUUUUAGUUUUUGGUUUUGCAUGGUUUGAUAUCGGUUACAUUACAUUACUUGACACUAGCUGUGUAGCUUUUUGAUUGAUGUGUA